GUGACACAUCACAGCUCUACUGCCUGGAAACAUUAAACAUGGCAUAUACUCAACUUUACUCUGAAGAAACUGAGCUGAGGAUUGUGCUCGUUGGGAAAACUGGAACAGGAAAGAGUGCAGCAGGAAACACUAUCUUGGGGAGAAAUGCUUUUGAAUCUCGCCCAUCUUUCUCUUCUGUUACAACAACCUGUGAGAAGAAAGAAAAUGUUGUCUACAGUCAAACAGUGGCUGUGAUUGAUACUCCAGGUCUGUUUGACCCCAGACAGUCACUCAGAGAGGUGGUUGCAGAGAUCGCUACGUGCAUCUCCUUUGCUGCUCCUGGUCCUCAUGUGUUCCUGGUUGUGCUGCAGGUCAACAGAUUCACAGCAGAAGAACAAACAACUGUAGAAAUCAUUCAGGAGAUGUUUGGAGAGGAAGCACAAAAUUACACUAUGGUCUUGUUCACACAUGGAGACUUGUUGGGAGAAAACACCAUAGAAGAAUUAAUGAGUGAAAAUCAGCAAGUUAGAGAACUCAUUAAUCAAUGCUCUGGAGGAUAUCAUGUUUUUAACAACAGAGAUGGAGAUCAAUCUCAAGUCCGAGAACUGCUGAGGAAGAUCAAUGCAAUGGUUCAGAGAAAUGGAGGAACCUACUACACCAGCAGGAUGUUCAGAGAUGCCCAGGAAGCGAAAAGAGAAGAAAUGGAGCGCCUUCUUAGAGAAAAUCCUCAGAUGGAUUUUGAAGAAGCAAGAAGAAGGGCAGAGAGUAGUAACAAAUUCAUUUGGGCUGUUUUAGCGGGUGCUUCUGCUGGAGCUGGUGUUGGAGCUGGUCUUGGAGCUGGUCUUGGAGCUCUGGGAGGGCCUGCAGGAGCUCUAGUAGGAGCUGCAGUAGGAGCUCCAGUGGGAGCAGUAGUGGGAGCCACUGUGUCUGCAGUGAUGGCUGUGAAAGAGAAAGCAUGCAUCAUACAGUAAAAUUGGGUAUUAAUUAUACCUCAGGUGCAGGGUAUGAAGUCACAUCAUAACAGAGAUACAAAUAAAUAACCAGAUUUUUCAGUAAUUGUCUGCUUUUUCAGCACAAUGCAGCAUCUUUCCUUGCUGUUUUUUUUUUCUUGUUGCUUUCAGGUGUUAGAGGAACAUCUUCAUUUCAAGCAAAAACUAAUAAAUGCUUAUUUUUUGAUUAUGGGACAUUCAUAGGACUCUGUAACUUGUAGCAUUGUUAGCUCACUGGUUUAGAGUCAUAGGAAAUCAAUCUUCUGAAAGAUUGGUACUGAUGUCUAAUCUGUAAACAAGAGUGAGAUCUGAUUUCAUGUAUCCAGUAUAUUUUAUUUCUUUCAAUAAAUAAAA